AUGAACAACGACGAAGGCUCUUCCUCCUCUUCUCCUUCUUCUAACCCUAACCCGAAUUCUACUCGAAGGGAUUCGCGAGUUCCUCAUAGACUGCGAAAACAUACGGUGCGGUUUGGUAUGGCUCGAGGAAGCGUUGGGAAAAGACAAGCCGAAGCCUUAGCUCUAGGCAUGUAUUUUGCGGCUUCUGCCAGUCUGGUUCUUGGGAGAAAGAAUGCCACGGGUCAGAAUGCUUAUGCUGAUGACCGUGCAUUGAUUUAUGCGUCUGCUGUCAAAGAAUCUUUAGCGAGUGUCUACGGUCAUAAGCUUGGUUCCUUUGCAGAGCGAUCAUUUAACACCACUCUAAGGAUUCUCAAGGUGAUCAAUGAUUCUACAUUUCCGCAUCAGGUAGACAAUCUCGAGAAAUCCAAGCUAAAGAUGGGUGUUUCGAAAGCUGCAUUCAGAGCCGAGAGAUUCAAAACCAAAUCAGAGGAUACAAGAAAACCCUAUAUGGUCUUGGAUUGUAUCGUCCUAAGUGUCUUCAACAUUCUGUUUUCGACGUUAUAUGGAACUUACGUCUUCUCACAACAGAGGAUCAUGGAAUCUACCUCAGUAUGCAACUCCAUUUCCGAGGAUAUAAGUCAUUCUUGGUGGGUUCCAAAACAAGUAUCACAGAUAAACACAGAGUUGAACAUCUUGAUUUGCAGUUUUGGAGUUUGGAUCCAGAUAUAUUUCGCUCUCGUAAUGAUCUUCGUUGUCACGUACUUGAUAAUCCAUCGUUCAUCAGGUACAAAACAGACAAAGCCGGUAACUUUUACCGUGUUUUUCCUCGGUUAUGUUUGCGGUUUACUGGGUAAGUUUUGUGUGGACACGUUGGGUGGUAACGACAAACUCUGGCUCUUUCUUUGGGGAAUUUUUUGCCUUUUGCAAUUCUUUGCAGUGGUCUUUACGUCGGCUUUGUAUGGUUUAGUGUACGGUCCUGUAAAUGUGACUCAAGGGACCAAAUCAAGCAGUAUGGUUUCGUAUUGGGCAUGGCGUAGUCUCUUCCUUGGAGUGAUUCUGUUGGUGCUUCCUCUGACUUACGGCCUCUUGCCAUUUGCGACGUUUGGUGAAAUUGGAAAGAUCAUUUCUCUUUAG